AUGUCUAAUAUCAUUAAUAUCGAGCACGAUCGGGUUAGCAAUACCACGGCGACCGACUUCCCAGGAUACUCCGCGAACGGAGAGCAUGCCUGGAAUUUGGAAAAAUUUAAGAAGAACUUCCAGCUCAAUAUCUCCUACCUCACACAGAGAACUGCAAACUUCGACUUGGUGGGCCUCGACACAUCUAUUGCCAACGCGUUCCGUCGUAUCAUGAUCGCUGAGGUGCCUUCUGUUGCAGCAGAGUAUGUGUACAUCUUCAACAACACUUCGGUCAUCCAGGACGAGGUGCUCGCUCACAGAAUCGGUCUGGUGCCUUUGAAGGUUGAUCCGGACAUGCUGACCUGGAUUGAUCCGAAUGCCGAGGAGGAGGACAAGUUCACAGAUGAAAACACGAUUGUCCUUUCACUGGACGUGGCAUGCACGAAAAACCCAAAUGCCGUCCCAGGAAACAACGACCCAGAGAAUCUAUACAGAAACUCCAACGUUUAUGCCAGGGACCUAAAGUUCGAGCCAAACGGACGCCAGGUCACCCAGUUCGCUAACUGUCCUGUUGUUCCGUGCGAUCCAGACAUUUUGAUUGCCAAGCUGCGUCCCAAUCAGGAGAUUUCGCUCAGAGUUCACUGUGUCUUGGGCAUUGGAGCCGACCAUGCCAAGUUUUCUCCAGUCAGCACUGCAUCCUAUAGACUGCUUCCGACGAUCGACAUACUGGAGCCUAUAACUGGCGACGACGCAAUCAAGUUCCAGAAAUGCUUCCCAUCCGGUGUUAUUGGCAUUGACUCCAACGGUGCAGCAUACGUCGCCGACGCUAGAAAAGAUACCGUUUCCAGAGAAGUUUUGAGACACAAGGAGUUUAACGGGAAGGUGAAACUGGGCCGUAAAAGAGACCAUUUCAUCUUCAACGUCGAAUCAACAGGCGCUAUGCCUCCAGAAGAGAUCUUCUACAAGUCCAUCAGAGUGCUCAAGACCAAGGCCGAGUACUUGCGUAACUGUCCUAUUGGAAAUAUGUAA